AUGGGAAGGCCCAAAAGAGCAGCUGUUUCCGAAGCAGCACUGGCCAAAAAGCAGAAAACUGACCCAAAUCAGGAAUUUGGCGACAUUCUCGCCCAUCUCGAAACUCUACAAGAUGAAGAGGAGUCCAGGGCCUACGUGACGGCAUUUGUCAAAUUACCUUCGAAAAAGUUGUACGCAGAUUACUACACCUUGAUUGAAUCGCCUAUUUCGUUAGCAGAAAUCAAUAAGAAAGUUAGCAAGAGCGCGUAUGCCGAUGCCAAGGAGUUUGUGCUGGACUUUCAGCUCAUGUAUGACAAUGCGGUGAAAUAUAACGAUCCAGACAGUUGGAUUGUUCACGAUGCUGAGAAGUUGUUGGAGAGCGUGGAAGAGCAAGUGCAGUCUAUUGGAUCUCUGGAGGACGUUACUGUGGCAGAUUUGCGGAAAAUGUGCCAGGAAUUGUUGGAUGAGGUCAUUGAACACGAAUUCUCCGACGAUGGAAUGCUUAGUGGUCCAUUCAUUGAAGAUGUCAAUCCAGAAGAGUAUCCUGAUUACUUUGCCGUGGUUGAUGAGCCCAUGUCUUUUAAUACUGUGGGCAAAAGGCUCAAGGAGUCGUUGUUUUCUGAGGACGUGUCAUUGACAGACAAUUUGCAAGAGUUUUACGAUUUGACCACGUUGAUUUUCACUAAUGCCCAAUUGUAUAAUGAUCCCUCCUCAUUGAUCCACGAGGACUCGAAGAAAUUGCAGCAGUUAUUUGAGGAAAAGUACCAAGAGUUGAGGAACAAAGUCAUUCCCGACGAGAAAUCGGGCAUAAAGCUCAAAAUCAAGGCACCAAAAGAACCGGUUAAACUCAAGCUCAACUUGAAGGCUAAAGCUGCUGCCGAGCCAGAGCCACCUAAGAAAAAGAGAGGUAGAAAGCCGAAGAAAGUGGUAGAGGAAGAGCGCAGGAAAGCAGCACUCGAGGCAGCUCUCCUCAAACAAGAGGGACUGGACAUGGACGAAGAUGGCGAACACGAUGAUUCUACCAGUAAGCUCAACGCAACAGAAACAAACAUAAUGGGUAAAUCCUCCAAGAUACCUCCUGAAGAUGAGGUGUUCAUCAGAAGGGUUGGAUUCACUUCGUCUCAAACAAGCACCAACUCUAUUGUUGGCUCCAUCACAGCACAAUCGCCACCUUCUUUGACUCCAGCACAGCUCACCAAGCAGGCUCUUUUCCCAGAUGUCCCAGUGUAUAACGCAGCAUCAUUCUUUGACUUCCAGUUUGAGCCUUUGGGAUUCUCCACCAAGGCUUACUCCGUCACUCUACCCCCAGACUGCUCGCUGCUGGUAAGUUUCAAAGUGGCAUUGCAUGAAUUCAUUUACAAUAUCAAGAAAGAUGACUUGAUUGACGGGCAAGGCGUCCUCAAAGGAAGAACGGAGGAGGACUUUAUGUGUGCAUUGUAUUUGAAUGAGGAAGAAGUUUCUGGUGGUUUUGAAAUGACCGAGGAAGUGGAUACUAAGGACGACGCGAUCAAACUUCUUGGACUUGGAUAUGAGCUCAAGUUAAAUUAUGGCCUCAAUAUCAUUACAUUUGAGUUGCGUCUUGCACCAAGUUUGGCUAAGAGCCUCAAGAAGGAAGCACCAGAAGCUGAAAGCAACGAUGUGGGUGGACGUCAUACGAGACACCAGUUACAACAAAUCAAGCUUAAUUGGGAGGUGGAGAAGUUCACCGUUUAUGUUGUUUGUGGGUCGACAUAA